CCACUUUGCCGCUAAUUCUGAAGCCCGUUUUGUUUCUUUCUGUAUUUUACUUCCAGAUAUUUUGCCCUUAUCUCUUUUUAUUGCUAUGGGUGAUUCUCAAUACGUGAAAUUUGUGUCUCAAAAAAUUAAUAAAGUAAGAUGGAGGCCCACUCGAUCGAGUCUACAGAAACCCGACGUUUUUAUAACUGGGAGCUGGGAAAACAAGACAAAUACAAUCAAUGUUUGGUCGGUGCAAGGAGGAGACGCCAUUGAAGAUGAAAACUUGGAAACUGAUAAGUUGAGAUGCGCUCAUAAAUGCAGAGUACCAGGUAAUAUUGACUCACUCACCUUCGCUGAUCCAGACACAAUCAUUGCAGGAUUGGGGAAUGGCGAUGUUGUUCUGCUUAAAUAUUCUGUAUCACAGAUGCUGGAUAUAGUACAAGAGUGGAAAGGAAUACACCAUAUAUCUGGAAAUGGAAUACCAUGUACUGGGGUUGAUGCCAGUAUACCUGAUUUUGUCACUGUUGGAGAAGAUGGCAAUAUUAAUUUGAUGAGAAUUGGAAGCGAUAGGCUACUGAGAAAACUUGCCAAAGCCGACAGUUGUCCUAUUACUGAUGUGUGUUUUGUGAAACAAAAUGAAAUUUGCACUGUCAAUAAAAUGGGUCAAUUACGUCUCUGGGAUUUAAGGAGUUCACAAGAUAGUCCUUCACGAAUCGUUGUAACAUCAGAAGAACUUGUUGCGCUAGAAUCUGUUUGCCGACAUCCUUCUCGACCACACAUCCUUGCCGCAGGUGGGGCCGAUGGAUGCGUUACUACCUUCGAUAUUAGGAAAGAAGUUGCACCCGUAACAAAACUUGAAGUUCACGAUCUUGAAGUAUGGGAGGUUCAAUUCCAUCCAACGUCACCCGACAACUUGUUUACAUGCUCUGAAGAUGGUGCAGUACGCAGAUUAGACAUUACUUCAGAAUUAAAAAAUCAGGAUUCCUUAAUUUCUGCUGGUAAUCGACCUCCAGUUGAUGUCUUAGAACUUUUAAACUGCCACAAUAUGGCUGUUAAUUCUUUGAGUAUAUCAGGGAGCAGACUUGUAUGCGGUACAGAUUCAGAAUCUGUGUAUGUGAUUGAAAAUAUCCAGUGACACAACCAAGAAUGUUGAAAUUGGAUUUCAUGUGAUGGAAAAUUGCCAGCUUUGAUACGUAGUAAUGAGGAAAGGAGAAUUAAACUCAUCUGUCCCAUCAAACGCACUUUUUUGGGGAGAGAAUCUACUGUGUUAAUGAGGCAAAAGAUGUUCACUGCAGUUAAAGGGACCGAUUAUCGCAAUAUGUGUUUUAGAAACCUGCCCACUAUAUUUAUUCCGACAGGUGCCGUUUUUUCAGGCAACUUGAUGAACAAUAAAAUGGUUGCUUGUAUAGUAGUGUAUACCAGUACUUUUUUUGUCCAACAUUCUCCUGACUAGUGUUUUGCACUGAAACUAUGGACAUGCUGAAGAAGGCGAAAAAACUAUCAAUGGCAGUAGAUUGGAAAUUUGAGUUCCAGGAAAAUUGUCAAAAAGUAUCCUAAAAUACACAGCUGAUCCUCCGUCGGCCAAUUUGCUACUGGUAAAUGAGGUCCCAACUGUUGAGAGCCGAUAGCACGGCUUAUCCUGUUUCAAAUUACAAAAUUCCUGAUUGUGAG